AUGGGGCUGAGCCACGGCGAGAUGGUCCCGCCCUCCCUAUCAGACUCGGAUGACAUGACUCGAGGUAGAAUACAGGAGUGGAUGAUCGGGUCAAAGGCUGCAGUGACGUGCGAGUGCCGGCUCAGUGAAAGGGAUGUUGGUCCAAGGAGGAAGCCCGGGGUAUGUACCUUGCCAGCACCCAGGCGGCCCAAACCCCACAUUUGGCCCGGCGCCAGUGGGACAGCUUCCAAAUGCAACACACCGCUUCUUCUGCCCAACUUCGGCGGCCAAGCUCCCCUCACAGCUAUAAUAAUCCGUCCGAAGAUGGCAUAUACCGAGGAUAACAUGCAAAAGGCUUUACACAAGUUCAACCAAGGGGGCCACUCCUUACGGGGGGUCGCCCACGAGUUCGGGAUCCCGCGUUCCACUCUCCGCAACCGACUUGAUGGUCACCGGCCCCGCUCCGUGGCCUUCGAACGGCUUCAGAUUCUCUCCCGGUCCCAGGAAGUCCGCCUUUGCCAGUGGGUAUCGGCCCAGGUGGACUUGGGCGUCCCGCCUACGCAGGUCCAGAUCCAAGAGUUUGCCUGCCGCAUCCUGAAGGCCCAGGGCGACUCUCGGGUGGUUGGGAAGAACUGGAUCAACCGGUUCAUGGCGAGACACUCGAUCGUGGUCGUGUUGUCGGCGAAGGCUCGGAAGGCAGACGAGGUAGACGCGGGCCACGACAAAGAAGCGUCUGUUGAAGAGGACGAGUCGGAAACGUCGGGUUCAGAAGAUAGCUCCUCUAUCGUUGCUCGAUCAAAGAGGAGGUGA